AUGCGACAAAAUGAAAGAGCUUUAAGAAGGGCUAAUCGAGAAAUCGAAAGAGAUAGACGAGACUUGGACAGGAAAGAAAAAGAUCUGGAAAACGAAAUAAAAAAGUUGGCAAAAGCGGGUCAACGAGAAGCAUGUACUGUGCUUGCAAAGAAAUUGGUUCAACUGAGGAAGCAGAAGGCAAAAAGCGUCGGGGUGUCAGCACAGUUAAGUGCUCUUCAGGCGCAGAAUAGAAACAUGUACAGUGUUGGACAGAUGAGUGAAGCUGUAGGCAAGACUACUGACACUAUGAAGGUUAUGGAAAAACAAUUGCCUCCAGAAAAAAUUAAUAAAACGCUGCGUGAAUUUACCGCGGCUCAAGAACGUUUAGGAGUAACAGAUGAGAUUGUCAAUGAUACAUUAGAUUCUAUGUUGGACGAAUCAGGAGACGAGGAAGAGCAGAAUGCAAUUGUCAACCAAGUACUGGAUGAGAUUGGAAUAGAAAUGAAUGCUCAGGUAUAA